AUUGUAACUCAACGUCACGAGGGCAGGGCUGACGUCAUUCUCUGAGUUUGGCAAAACAAUCAGAGCGCCCAAGCUCACAGGGCACAGAAUGGCUCUGCAGAGUUAACAUAUUCAACACGGCUCAUUAUUUGUGACUGAAACUAAAGGUUCUUGUCUGGGAAACUUACAAACUUCUCAACAGGUUUACCAAGACACUUUUUUUGCCGCUGCUAAACUCUAUGGGGCUUUAUUGACGUCUAGGAAAUUGCAUGGAAUAAAAUGAAGAGCCUAAAAGCAAAGUUCAGGAAGAGUGAUGCCCACGAGUGGAGUAAGAAUGAUGACCGACUGCUGCAGGCUGUGGAGCAUGGCGAAGUGGAUAAAGUGACCUCGCUCCUGGCCAAAAAGGGAGUCAAUGCAGUCAAACUGGACAGCGAGGGCAAAUCAGCCCUUCACUUGGCUGCAGCAAAAGGGCAAGCCGAGUGCCUGGGAGUGAUUCUUUCACAUGGAGUCGAUGUGACUGUACUGGAUGUAUCAGGUUGUACUGCUUUACACCUUGCGGCGAAAAACAACCACCAAGAAUGUGCCAAAAAGCUUAUUCAGAGCAAAUGCACAAUUGAAGGCGGUGACAGCUCAGGAAAAACAGCAUUACACUAUGCAGCAGCAUGUAGCAGUGCUCCAAUUGUUCAGCUGCUGUGUGAGCAAAACUGUCCUGUGAAUGUCAAAGAUGCGGAAGGAUGCACCCCACUUCUCCUUUGCUCCCAGAAUACCCACGAGGAGGUGUGUAGAUGCCUGAUAGACCAUGGAGCCGACAUCAACGCAUGUGACAAAAAUGGAAGAACUGCCGUAAUGAUGGCCUGUGAGAGCAGCAGUUUGAAGACAGCAGAGAUCCUGAUUCAGAAGGGGGCUGACCUAAGGCUGGUGGAUACAUUGGGCCAUGAUGCGCUUCACUACUCAAAGCUAUCCGGAAAUGCAGAGAUCAAAAACCUCCUUCAGGCGGCACUUGGCAAGUUCUCACUAGAAUCUGAUACGAAGACGACACAACUAAAUCAGCAUGACCAAGUCUCUAGGUUAAAUGCGGAAAGAAGCACAACUCCUAAAAAAAGAAAAGCUCCACCUCCACCUAUUAGCCCUCCCCAGAGUUGUGAUUAUUCUUCUCCGCCUUUUAUGACACCAACCCAAACUCCACCAUCUGGGGGAGAUCUGUCAUUCACAGAAUUUCAUAUUAAGGAGGAGGAGCAGAAAAGUAUUGCACUUAAAGAACAAAUUGGGGAGUUGCAUAAAGAGAAGGUUCUGCUAUUGGAGACUAUACAAGAUUUAAACACAAUUCUUAACCAACAGCAGGCUGAGCAGAAUGGACCUGAAGAGCAAAAUGUAAUUGCUACAUUGCAAGCACAAAUCACUUCUCUUUCUUUGGAAAAUAAGAAGUUGACACAUAAAUUAAAGAGAACACAGGCCCGCCACAGUGAUGAGGAAAACAAUGAUUCUUCUUGCCACAGCAGCUUUGACUCCAAUGCUUCUUAUCAUUCCACGAAGGCUGAUUUUCAACAGUCCUUGGAAGUACAUGAAGCCUCUGAGACAGAAGCUAAAGGAAACUCAAGAAAGUCUUCCUUGAAGAAUGACAGCGCCUCAGUAAAACAAGACGAUGAUGAGAAGAUGGUGGUCGGAAGCGAAGAAGAGAUUAAGCAGUUACAAGUGGCCGUGCAAAACAUCCAGAUACAACUGCAGCAGUCAGAGGUAGAGAAACAAAACCUGCAAGAUAAGCUUCUAUCCAUGACUUCAGAAAAUGUGCAGCAAUGUUCCCAGGAGGUGUCUGAAAAUUGUUCUGAUAUCCUUGAGCAGAAGCUUAAAGAGACCCAGAGGAAAUAUGAAGAAGCUACAGAGGAAGUUCUGUCACUUCGGGCCCAAAUGAAGCUGGAAUCAAUCACUUCAGCAGAAAAAAAUUCAAUAUCCAAUGUUCAAGAGCUGAAAUGUUUAUACGAAGAACAGAUAAAUGAACUAAAAGGUGAACUUUCAAAGUCUUUGGAAGAGCAGGAGAGAGACAAGAACAUCAUUAAGGAGCUUGAACAAAAGCUUGACUCACUUGAUACCAGAGUGCCUGUCGAAGAAUAUGAAGAUGUUAAGAAUUCUUGCAGCAUGCUUGUAGAGAACAUUAACAAAGAAAAGGCCCUGCUAAUAGACAAAUAUAGGGAGGCACAAGAAGAAAUUAAGUUGUUGCAAGAAGCCCUGAAAGGAACAGUGCCUGUAGAAGCUGCUGCAACAGACUUUGAAGAGAUGAAGGCAGAAAUGAACCAAACAAUAGAUGGGCUACAAAAACAUUUGUUAGAGCUGUCGCAUUCAUAUAGCGAUGCAAAAAGCGAGCUGACCAUAGUUAAAAACAAACUGUCGACAUAUGAGAAAGAAACAGUGUCAAGUGAACAGAGAGAUAAAGAUUAUGUCACUAUAGAGCACCAUGAAAGAAUUGUCCUUGAUUUUGCUCAUAAUAUAGAAGAAAUGAAAGAAAAACUUUUAGAAACGGAGGCGAAGUAUCAUGAAGCAAUAAAGCAAGUAGCUUUACUCCAGGCAGAAUCUGACAUUCAGAAGCAAAACUCUAUUUUAGUUUGUGAUCACGCACAAGUGGUGUCUGCUCUGGGGAAUGCUGUCAAGGACCUGGAAAUCCAAGUGGUGGAUCUGAAAGAAGAGCUUAAUCAAAAGGAACUGGAGGUUAACAUGUUACAAGAAAGCUUGUCUGCAGAAAAAGCCAGCAUUCAUGAAGAUACUAUAACCAGAACUACACAUGAACAACUCAAGGCAUCCUUCGAGACUGAAGUCAGCUUGCUUACCGCUGAACUAAAAGAAGCCAUGAAAAAUCAAGAUGAGAUGUCCCAGGACAUUUUCAAAGCAAGGCAUGAAGUGUUGCAAGUCAAAAAUGAAAAAGAAACGAUUGAGAGUCUAGUUGCAUCGAAAGAUCAAGAAAAUGGCAAGCUGAAAAAAAGAUCCCAGGAAUCUGAAGACCUUAUUAGUGACCUAAAAAAACAACUCAGAAACUUCUCAAAACUUGAAGACGAUAAGGACAAAAAGAUUGAGGAUUUGACUAAAGAAGUGAGCAAGCUGAAAGUUGCACUUAACAGCCUUUCUCAGCUGUCCUACACUACAGGCCCACCAAAGAGACAGAACCAGCAGGUCGAUACUCUUCAGCAACAGGUCAAACAAUUACAGUUCCAACUUUCUGAGAUGAAAAAGCAGCACCAGGAGAUAGUGUCUGUUUAUAGGAUGCACCUUCUUUAUGCAGUUCAGGGACAAAUGGAUGAAGAUGUUCAGAAUGCACUCAAACAGAUAUUAAUGAUGUGCAAGAUGUCAACACAAGCAAAGUGAACAACAUGAAGCACUGCAAGGACACCGAAAACGGGAUUUCAAGAACAAACUUUCAUUUCAUUAACUGUGGCAGUGUGGUCUCAUUGCCCUGUCAUAUUAAAUAUACAUUUCUCAAUCCGUCUGCCAAAAUGUACAUGCGCUGUAAGUCUCUAAUACUUGCAAAACAUAACUUUUCUUCUUGACCCAAUGGUAUUAAUGUUCCAGGGAGUGUUAUCUGAUACAAGAUAGUUCAGAAAAUAGAAGUUGUUGUUUUAAACAUAAAUGCAUGUGCAGUAACUCUAAAAUCAGUAUUUAAUGCUAAAAUAAGUUAUCAUCCCAUUGGGUUGUAAAGAAAAAACAACUUUUAGAUAUUGUGCGUUGAAAAAGCUAGACCAUUUUCUUUAGGUUUAUUGGUAUUUUCUUCAAAGCAUGUUUUCUAGCAGUAUGCAUGUUUAUAUAUUCAGCCUUUCGUAAAUAAUAAUAAUAAUAAAUGUAUUGUUGACAUUUGCCUUUCUUUGUCAAUAAAAAAAGUUAUGUAGCUAUGGCAUGCUGUGAAAAUGCAUGAAGUACUGACAGGUUUUUGUAAGUAUGUGUAUGGCAUUGCUUUACACUUUUGAUAAAACCUUUCAAGGCCAGUUUUGAUAUUGGCAUAUUGAUAUUUUACAAGGCUCUCUUUGAAGUGGACAAAACUAUAUAGCUAAAGAUAUUUAUUAAAUAUCAUGUACUUGAAUAACUACCUACGGUAAUUACAAAGCACACUGCAGACUUUGUAGAUGAAAUGUGUUGCAUCUUAAACAUAUUGUUACAUUAUAGAUGAAUAUGUCCAUUUGAGUGCUAUUUUUACAGAUUAUUCUGACUUUAAUACACUACACUUAGUUAAUAGAUGCAAACAUUUUAGGACUGGGCAUUGGAUACAUUUUUCUUGCGCUACAUGUCUAGUGUACUUUGAUCUGUUUUGGGUGGGACGGUUUAGGCACAUGCAGUCUUUCAUACAAGGAAACCACAUUUCUAAAUGUCUUUGUUGUAGGAGAGGGAAUUGAAAAAAAAAAAAAAAAAAAAACAAGCUGCAAAGCAAACUCUCUGUAAAUGUAUUUGACAAUGAUGGUCAAGGGUAUGUACGUACUUUAUAAUGUUAUUCAACCCCUUUGCUGAAGAAUUACCAGUAGCUGUUAAUUAUUUCCGCAUUUAAGAAAUUACGAUUGUGGAAUUUAAUUUGACAGUGCAGGAUAUAAAAACACUAGGUUUAGUUAAUUUUUACAAUACACCAUGUACUGACUUAACUAUUUGGGAGUUAUAAUAGUUAGAACUAUAAUGAGAAUAAUUGUAAAAACUCUCAGAUUAACUGUUUAAAUAAGGACACUUCUGGGUAUUGCAUGUGCCUAGGUUAAAGAAUACAAGCAAGAUUCUGAACUGUUUCUCAAGUAUCAGUCACUUGAUGCAAGUACAGUAAUCCGUCGCGUAUCCGUCCUAACCGUUUAUCCGCCAUGAUCAAUCUUUUCAGCUACCUUAGUUUAUUAUUGAACAAAGAAGAUUAGUUCAGAGAUUGUAGAUCCUACCAAAGUUUUUGUACACUGUGUUAUAUGUGCUCCGUGCACAGCCAUUGCUGGUAGUGUUACAUGAGCUGUUCAGUGUGUUGAUAUGUAAAUAAAGCCUGUUCGCCUGCGGCCAGAUCAACUUCAGCCUCUUCUUUGAUCUCCUGUCUGUCACUCAGCAGCAAAUGCAUGCAUCCACACGGCAGACAGCUACUCGUCACAAGCAUUAAUACCCUGUAUCUUUCUAAACAAGGGAUUUAGGGGAGCUCCCUAAUAAAAGCGGAAUCUCAAAACAAUAAUUGUGUGACUAGUAAUUGUUACAGCUGUGUAUAAUGGUAUUUAAAACAGUAUUUAUUUAUCUGCCUUUUUACAUAUCCGCCCUGACUGGUCCCACAGCAGUCUGAUACGUGACGGAUUACUAUUAACAGUAUAUCUUUGCACAGUUGAUUGGGUCCUGUCCAUUUAGAUUACACACUAACACUUUUUUUUGUUGUAAAUCUCCCCUUAACAAUAAUAUUAUAAUUGCAAUUAUGUUUUGCCUUAAAAUAUUUGUAUGCAUCACUUUCUCAAAAUUUUAUGGUUUAUGAAAUAAUGAAGGCUGUGCUGCAAAUAAACAGAAAAACUGUU